CAAAUGAUCCGACUCAUAAGAACGAGAUUCGGACAUUCGGGCCACAUGGUAUGUGGUAUUACCAUCGGGGUGUUACUCGGAUCCAAGGGCUAAAACAUGCAAGUUACAUCAUUUCUUCAGACAGCUAUUCCGCGAAUAUUAUAGCAGCUCAGCCUUUAUUGUUAGCUCGAUCAGCUUACAGUACAGAACGAUAAUGUUCAAGACAAUUUGGUUUCUGAAUCGAUUAAUACACAGUGGAGUGUCAAAACACAGAAGUGUUGUGAGGUUGUGGUCAAAUGCAGCAGACGGCGCUGUUGCUCCUCCAGCAGACUGCAGAAUCACAGCAGAGCAGGCGAUCAGAUUGUGGGCUCAACACUUCACACUGCACGGCAUUUCAGAGCCCCUUCUCUCUAGCCAGUACAUCAUAUCUCAUGUACUAGGCGAAAAAACUCUGGAAUGUGUGCAGAGGAAAAGGCUGAGAGACACCCUGACUGACAGGGAGAGAGAACGAGUGUGGGAAUUAGGCUCUAAACGUCUCACAAGGAUGCCUGUACAAUAUGUGAUUGAGGAAUGGGACUUCAGAGACCUGAACCUUAAGAUGAGGCCUCCCGUGUUCAUACCCCGUCCUGAAACAGAGGAGCUGGUUAAUCUGGUUCUAGAGGACCUCCGGUUGAUACGGGGGGAAUCGCACACGACUGAUUUACGAUGUCUGGAGGUAGGCUGUGGAUCUGGAGCCAUCUCUCUUAGUUUACUACGCAGCAUUCCACAGCUCAGGGUAUUUGCUUUGGAUCAAAGCCAGACAGCAGUAUGUCUUACAAUGGAAAAUGCAAACAGACUGGGUCUGCAGGACAGACUAGAUGUUCACCUUUUAGAUGUGAUUAAGGAUGCAGAUGCGAUACUGAGCAAAUGCAACCCCGUUGACUUUCUAAUCAGCAACCCUCCCUACUUGCUCAGUCAGGACAUGGAGACUUUACAAACCGAGAUACUCGGGUUUGAAGACCACAGUGCAUUGGACGGGGGUUUGGACGGGCUGUCUGUGAUUCGCCCGAUUCUGGCUCUGAGCUCGAAGCUCUUAACUCAGCGAGGGCGUGUUUACCUGGAGGUUGCCCCAUGCCAUCCUCCAAUCAUUCAGCAGCUGAUAGAGGAGAUGAUGCCGGGGUUGCUUUAUUUAGAAACCCGCUGUGACCUCACCAACAGGCCACGAUUUUGCAUUUUACAGAAGAAAGGAGAGGAUGGCUGAGAGAAAGGACAGA